AUGGAGCACCUGAAGAACAUCUCGCCCAUCGACGGGCGGUACAAAAAGGCAUGCAGCGAACUGUCGGAUUUCUUCUCCGAGUACGCCUUGAUAAAGCAUCGGAUUAUCGUAGAGGUGCGGUGGUUGCUAUUCCUCAACGAGAAGGAGCUCUUCUUUGAGAAGGUGAGUGACCAGUCGGUGGAGGAGCUGAAGCAGAUCGCCUCAAACAUAACGGACAGCGACAUAGCACGAGUGAAAGCGAUAGAAGAGGAAACCAAUCAUGAUGUAAAGUCAGUAGAAUAUUUCGUAAAAGAAAAAUUGAGUAAGUCGGGGAGGGAAGACCUGAUAAAGAUAAAAGAAUAUGUACACUACCUGUGUACCAGUGAGGACAUCAACAAUGUAGCCUAUGCGAUGUGUCUGAAGAUAUGCCUACAGGAUAUACUAAUCCCAUGUGUGGAGAACGUAAUGCUCAAGUUAAAGGACCUAGCUGUGCAGUACUCCAAUGUGCCAUUGCUUUCCAGGACACAUGGUCAACCUGCAUCUUCCACCACUUUCGGAAAGGAAAUGGCAAAUUUCUACUCAAGGAUACACCACCACGUACAGGUGAUUAGGAGAGUAAAGAUCUGUGCGAAGUUUAAUGGAGCUGUGGGUAACUUUAAUGCACACAAAGUGGUUAGCAAAGAUAUCGACUGGAUAGGUACCAUUAAGGUGUUUCUGGAAAAAUAUUUCGGUGUAACAUACGGUUUGUAUUGUACACAGAUACAGGACCACGAUUAUAUAUGUGAGCUGUGUGAUGGUUUGGCUCGCAUAAACAGUACACUCAUCGACCUCUGUGUAGAUAUCUGGUUAUAUAUUUCUAAUAAUUUGCUAAAGCUAAAAUUGAAAGAGAAUGAAGUUGGGAGCAGUACGAUGCCACAUAAGGUUAACCCAAUUGACUUUGAAAAUGCAGAAGGGAACCUACAUGUGGCCAAUGCAUUUUUCAAAAUGUUCAGUUCGAAGUUACCAACGAGCAGAUUACAGAGGGAUCUCUCUGACUCCACUGUGUUGCGGAACAUUGGAAGCUCCCUUGCGUAUUGCCUCAUUGCAUACAAAUCUGUCUUAAGGGGACUAAACAAAAUAGACAUUGACAGGAGAAACCUAGACGAGGAACUUGAUAAAAACUGGUCCACUCUUGCAGAACCAAUUCAGAUUGUGAUGAAACGGUUCAACUAUGUAGAUGCCUAUGAGGAACUCAAACAAUUCACAAGAGGGAAAAAUAUCAAUAAACAAAUUAUGCAAGAAUUUAUCAAAACUAAAUGUGAUUUCCUCCCUCAGGAUGUCGUCGACCAGUUGUUAGAGUUAACUCCUGCUACAUAUACUGGCUAUGCAGAAUAUUUGGCCCAAAAUGUGGAGCGGCUAUCGGGGGAGCUCGACUAG